AUGUCUGAUCUCCAGACACAUCCUGAGAUUCUAGAUAAAUUCUGGAGGGAAAAGCUUCAUGCAUUGUACACCAAUUACCUCUGCCCUCUUAAUGUCUCAAAUUCAAUUGCGACUGUAAUAUCUGCCACUGCAACCUGGAAAUUUACUAACAUCAGAAGUAUUGGUUGGGGAUGGACUGGUAUAAUUUGGUUGUACAAUAUUAUCAUUUACAUGCUCCUUGAUCCCAUCAAAUUUGCUGUCCGUUAUGCUCUCAGUGGACAGGCAUGGGGUUUGGUAGUAGAUCAAAGAACCGCAUUUACCAGCAAAAACGACUUUGGAAAGGAAGCACGUGAGGCUGCAUGGGCAACUGAACAGCGAACACUACAUGGACUCCAUCUGUUGACAGAAAAAAUGUUUUCGGAGAGGAACACUUUUAGGGACAUUAAUCUCAUGGCAGAAGAAGCUAAAAGGCGGGCAGAGAUUGCAAGGUAA